AUGAACGCUAGUUCUUAUCAUUAUCGGCCGUGUAUACCAAGUACAGUUUGCCGUGAACAAGAGGAUACUGAACUAAUCACUGAACGAUUUUAUUUGGUGGCUGUACUUGGAACAACAGUAUCACUAAUUAGUAUUUUUGAAAAUCUGUUUUUGCUACUCUUAUUUGCAAAAAGUCGUCGUCAUCGUGAAAGUGGUUCAUUCUAUUUAAUGUUAUUGGCCUUAUCUGAUGUUUUUGUUAGCGGUACUUAUAUUCUAUUAAUGUCAGUAAAAGUUUUUUACAUCUAUACAAACAGUUUUUCACUGCAGUGGUUAUGGAUGACUUAUGUUGUACCAAUGUUAACAACUUCGCAUAUAGCCAUAACCACGGGAUCGUUUCUUAUUGUUUUUGCUACAGUUGAACGUUAUUUUAUCACCAUAUCUCAUAGUAUGACCAACUGGUUAUGCAGCAAUCGUAAAGCAAUCGCUUUAUUUGCUGUAUUUAUUGGCGUAUCUACCAAAGGCACAAUGCUGCUGGAAAUAAAGGUAAAAUUUUUAUCAACUGUGGUAACUAAAUUUAUAGCGAUUUUUUUCUUCAUGCAUAAUCCAAAUUGCGAAAUACCAUUGUCAAACUAUUGGUUGGUACCGACGGCAUUAGUGGUGAACAAUCGCUAUUAUACAUUCUUUCGUGUAUGGUUCAGACGACUGUCGACUAUCAUGCUACCAUUUUUUUUGCUUCUCUGUUUGAAUUUCCGUAUUAUAACGGCAUUACGAAAAAAUACUCACCAUGAUCUACGAGAGCAACUGUACGUUGGUGCAGUUUUUGAAACUAUUAAGAAGCGAAAGGUUUGUAGCUUGGAAACUAAAGUCAAAGCGGCAACCCGAACGCUAGUGCUUGUUGCAUUUACAUAUUUAUCCGGCAACUUUUUGAACGUUCUCAUUACUUUAUGGGAAUAUAUUGAUAAUCAAGGAUUGCGGGACAAUUUUGGUCUAUUUUACACAAUUAGCGUUGACGUAGGAACAUUAUUAGCAGUAACCUCCUGCGCACUAAGACUACCAAUCUACGCAAGUUGUCAGUAUGAACUCCGGCAGGAGUUAGUUGACUUUGCAAGCAAAAUAAUUCGAUGCCGGCUGUUUUCUCGGAAAAGUAAUGGCAAAAGAUUUGGAGAGCAUCCUACGAAUAAUAGUACUAACGAUGGUAAUUUAUUGUAAGU